AUGGCGAUGCAGGUAUCUGAACGCACUGUAUUCAGAGUUCAUCGCCAAGUAAACAUUGAAGGAGAUGUGCAUAGUCCCGCAAAGAAAGACAAGAAGUCUGGUUCAGGUCCUGCCCAACAGGAGACUGACAACUUUCAAGAAGGAGUCAUUCGUCGUAGAAUUCACCGGUUCUACACAGACAGAGAACUCCCAACGAUGGAUAAACUGAUUUUAGCUCUACAACAAGACAUAGAUUACUCAUACAGCAAACAAACACUUCUGAAAACAGUCAAGAAAAUGGGCUUCAAAUAUACAACACGCAACAAGAAAACAGCGUUGUACGAACAACACAGAAUUAUUGCUGCUCGUCAUCACUAUCUCAGACAAAUAGAGAAGUACAGAGAUGAGGGAAGAUCAAUAGUGUAUCUAGACGAGACAUGGUUCAACGCGCACCAUAUCUUGGAACGAUGCUGGACUGACUACGACGGCAAAGGAGGUUUGAGAGUCCCAUCAGGAAAAGGUGGAAAACUCAUUAUUCUCCAUGCAGGGUGGAAAGAGGGUUGGAUUUCUAAUGCUGACCUAGUUUUCAGAGGAAAGAAAGGCACCGGUGACUACCAUCAGGAAAUGAGCACGGCCCACUUUAUGGAGUGGUUCAGAGAGAGGUUGAUUCCAAACCUUCCAGCAACUUCUGUUAUUGUUCUUGACAAUGCCAAGUAUCAUAAUAGCGUUGUUGAGAAAAUCCCGACAAAACGCAGCACAAAAAAGGACAUGAUCCAGUAUCUGGACUCGCAUGAAAUCCCAUACGACAAGAAACUGUUAAAAGCAGAGACGUUCAUGUUAAUAAAAGCAAGAAACCCGGCUUCGCAGUACCUGACUGACGUCUUCGCUAAUCUGCACAGUCAUGACGUUCUGAGAUUGCCUGUCCGUCACUGCGAGUUGAACCCGAUCGAGCUGAUCUGGGCACAAGUCAAGGGCUAUGCGGCAUCUCAUAACAAGGAUUUCACCAUGGUGGGAAUUGAGCCGCUUGCAAGAGAAGGCAUUACGCAGGUUACAGCUGAGAAAUGA